AUGUCCCUCUGCUCGUUGGAUGAGGAAGAGAAUGCCCGCAGAGAUUCCAGAUUCCAAAUUCCAGACUACGCCACCAGCGCAUGGUCAUCAGGCACAGGCACAGGGACGGGAGACGCCAUCAACCGUCUUUCUCCUGGCGAUCCCUCAAGGUUGUCCCCUCAAAUCGAGGCUUGUAAGGGUCUGCUCUGCCCUGUGUCACAUGCUGUAAAUUACACCAAAUUUGAGUGA